AUGCUAUCAUUUUAUUCACCAAUAUUCUCAGACUCAUUCACCAACAACAAUGUCUGCCCUACAUCAUCAUUUGGAUCAUUCAGACAAUUAUCUAAACAAUUUGAUCAGUUGACCAAAGCAUCUUCAAUAUGGUCACCAAAGGUUGAUGUCAAUCUCGAUCAAUCAUCUUUGACAAUCACUGCAGAGUUACCAGGUCUAAAGAAGGAUGACAUCAAUAUUGAUAUCAAGAACAAUGUGCUCACACUAACCGGUACCAAAUCAGAGAAGAAGAUUAAAGAUAAAGUCGUCUCUCAAUCAGUCAAAGACACACCAAUCAAUGAGUCUAUUCAAUCAAACGAGGACAAGCCAUCAUUGGAAGAAGCAGAGUUCACUGAUAUCCAAGAGACUCAAGAAAAGGUGACUCAGACACCAGUUGAAACAAAGACUACUGCUCCAGAGACCAAGUCAUCUUCAUCCAAACAUUCAGAGAUUUUCUAUGGAAGAUUUGAGCGAUCAUUCAAACUUCCAAGAGAUGUUGACAUCCAGUCUGGCGAGGCUCAUCAUGAAGAUGGUGUUCUGACAAUCAAGUUCAUCAGGAAGCAGCCACAAUCACUCAAGGUUCAAAUCCAGUAA